GUAAGAGCAACUAUGAUGCAUCGGAGUGAAAGUGCUGUGAAGAAGAUUUCGAUAUUGGAUAAAAAAACAUAAUUUGUAAUUAUAGUGAGCCAGUAUGGAGCAAUUAGCACAGUUUGUAAAUAAAUCAUUUGAGUUCAAUUUAACAAAUAAUCGAGUCAACCAUUUGUUCAACUCGAUGACAAGUGCGCGCAUCCAUAAACUGGCCGACGCCACAACAACGGCAACAAAGUCCAUAUUAGUGAGCCCGAGCGGAUUGGGCCGUGUAUCUGUUGAUAACUGUGCUAACGGUGAAGAGUCCAUGGACAUUGAUAUCACCGAUAUUUCGGUAGCCGAAGAGAACAGCGCGGAGGAUGAUACGAGUCUGCCCAAGCCCCUCUCUCUAGUCAAAAUCCGUUCGCUUCAACAGCAAUCGAUUGCAACUAUUUCGGAUAGUGAAGAGCUCCGUAAGACUGAUCCUGCCCCAAAGCCUAAGAACUGGUUGAUUUCCGAUCUAUUGGUAUCGGAUACACAAUCAGAAGAUGAAAAGUGUGAAAAGAGAUCUUCCCGUUUCGAUGAUUCAACUGCAUGUAUUUCUAGCACGGCGAAUAACUCGAAACUGAAUGGUGACCUGAUCGUAAAAUUUCAAGACUCGGAUAGUAAAACCAGCAGCAAGUGCAUGAAUAAUAUGGCAGAUCCUGACAUCGAGAGCUCAUCAAAAAUGAAAACAUCUGCAACAAUCAAUAUUAAUAACAAUGAAUGCUCCAAUGAUAGCAAUUCCCCGGAGCUAUCGUUGCAUAAGGUGGUCAGCUCGGAGAAGUCUAUAUCAAUAUCGCCGGAGCCGCAGUCAAACAUAGGAGACACAAAUAUCGCCCGCAUGGAACACUCUGGACUUAGCAGCAAGCAGCGAAGAUCGCGCACAAAUUUUACGCUUGAGCAGCUCAACGAACUGGAGCGACUGUUCGAAGAGACCCAUUACCCAGAUGCCUUUAUGCGGGAGGAGCUGAGUCAGCGCUUGGGACUGAGCGAAGCACGAGUGCAGGUUUGGUUUCAAAAUAGAAGAGCGAAAUGUCGAAAACAUGAAAAUCAAAUGCAUAAGGGGAUUUUAUUGAGCAGUCGAAGUCCGCCGGUGUCGACGCCGCUCGAGCCUUGUCGUGUUGCACCUUAUGUCAACCUGGCCAAUAUCCGAAACACAAAUACGACGAUGCUUCCUUCGUCGAAUGGACUCUGCAGUGUGCCGCAACAAACUGGCGGAAAGAGCGCCGUCAAUAUAAUUAAUAAACGGCCUCCAUCUCCGAUAUCCGUUGUAACGGCCGCUGCCGAACAUUUUUCAGGCAGCGUUGCAGCAGCGGCUGCAUUUUCCGCCUUCGAUCCAGCUAUACUCUCAGCUGCAGCUCAUCAGUAUGCAGCCGCAAUAAACAAUAGAAGUAGACCCGCUGGACUUUUUCCGUUGCCGCAAUAUCCGCUUCAUUUGGCUGCCUUUGCUGCAGCGCACAAAAAUUCUAGCAUAGCGGAUUUACGCAUGAAAGCGAAAAAGCACUCGGAAUCGUUGGGGCUUGAAGCAGAUAUAGUUAUUUAGUACAUAAUUUUGUGUAUUUAAAUUAGGCUUAGAUUAGUCUAGAGUUGUCUAUUUUAAGACAAUUUACUAUUUACAUAUACAUACUGAUAUUUGAAAGAAAAAUUACAAUAAUUACAUUUAACAUUAUUAACAUAUACAUAU